AUGGAUGCGUUGAAGUCAGCUGGUCGAGCUAUUAUUCGAAGGCCCAGUGUGGCUAAACAGUCCUGGAUUGGUGGAAGACACAGAAAGCUUCUAGAGAACUGGACAGACACAAGAGAGGCCGUCUUGGAGGGGAUGACCUUUAACCUCCGUCACCUCGGGAUGACCUUAGUGGACCAGCCCAAAGGCGAAGACCUGGCAGCAGCAGCAGUGAAAAGGAUUGUUUCUACAGCUAAAGCCAGUGGGAGGAAAGCACAGAAAGUCAGUCUUGGAGUGUCCCCUCGAGGAUUCACUCUCUAUGACAGGUCCACCAAUAUCUUAAUAGAAAAUAUCUCCAUACACAGAAUAUCCUACUGUACAGUGGACAAAGUGCAUGACAGAGUGUUUGCAUUUAUUGCUCAAAACACCCUCAAUGGGACGCUGGAGUGUCAUGCCUACCUGUGCUCCAAGAGGAAAAUGGCUCAGGCUAUAGCUUUGACAGUAGCUCAGGCUUUUGGAGUGGCUUUUGAGGUGUGGCAGGUGACCCGAGAAGAGAAAGGACAGCGAGUGCAAUCUGGUUUAGGUGGAGAUGUCAGUGGUAGUUCCCGACCAGGGAGAUCUUACAACCCCAAAGAUGUUAUCAAAGUCAGCCUGUUGGACAGUAAGGAAACCUUGAACGCAGAAACUAAUGGGAAUGUUGAUCAAUUUGACAACUACAGUUCAUCUGGGAAUUACAAUCCAGUUUGGGAAACACAAGAUGGUUUGGAGGAAGCCUUCUCAAGACUGGCCAUGUCGCGUACUAACCCCCAGGUCUUGGACUUUGGGCUGAUGCCCCAAGAUUGGCUGUGUGAACCCAACUGGGACAGCGCGAAUGGAAAUACCCCCCGUUACCCUCCUUGGGAAUGA